AAGUUUGUUAGUCUCCGCUCAGAACGGUAGUACAUUGUUAAAGAAUAGUACACCGACCAUUUAUUUUUGCUACUUUAAAGCUCCAACCUUGUGAUGACGUCACGUUGUUUGUCUAUGGCAAAAUUGGCAAUCAUAACCUCAUUUAUUUCAUGCAAAUUGCCACUUGAACCAGAUUUAAUCGGAAGUUUCUGUUUUAAAAAAUAAUGAAUGAAGAUCGAGGUAAAGUUUGUAGUGGUCUUACCCACGAGUGCGGCGUUUUUUCGGCGAUAGGAAAUGAACAUUGGACGAAUAGUUCGGAGAUCGCUCAGAUAAUUCUUAUUGGUCUUCAGGCGUUGCAACAUCGGGGUCAGGAAUCGACGGGGAUCGUUACGAGCGAAGGCCACAAUGAAUUUAACGUUCACAAAGGUAUGGGCCUCGUCAAAAAUGUAUUCACAGAGGAUAGCAUCACUCAUCUUAGAGGAGUGAUGGGUAUAGGACACACGAGAUACUCAACUAGUGCCAAAUCUACCCAGGUCAAUUGCCAACCCUUUGUCGUGCACUCCAUGCACGGAUCGUUGGCUGUAGCUCACAAUGGUGAAUUGGUAAAUGCCAGUUCUUUAAGGAAACAGGUUUUAGAUAGAGGGGUUGGCUUAUCGACACACUCAGAUAGUGAAUUAAUAACGCAAGCUUUAUGUUUAAUCCCACCAGAGGGUGAAGUAAAUGGCCCCGACUGGCCAGCAAGGAUUAGGCACUUGAUGCAGCUGGCCCCGCUGAGUUAUUCCCUGGUAAUCAUGCUCAAGGAUAAGAUAUAUGCAGUUAGAGAUCCAUAUGGUAACAGGCCUUUGUGUCUGGGAAAAAUACUAUCGGAACAUCAAGAAGUCGGCAAUGGCGACUUAAAUACCAAGAGAGUGCCUGACGGUUGGGUGGUGUCAUCCGAGUCGUGUGCGUUUUUAAAAAUAACACGAUACGAAAGGGAAAUUUAUCCUGGAGAGAUAUUGGAGUUGACCAGAAACGGCCCUCGAACAAUUGACAUUGUGCCCACGCCCGAAGGGAAAAACCUAGCUUUCUGUAUUUUCGAAUAUGUGUAUUUCGCAAGACCGACGAGCAUAUUUGAAGGACAGGAAGUUUAUAGCGUCCGAGUUCAUUGUGGCAGGCAGUUGGCACUGGAGCACCCCGUGGAGGCGGAUAUCGUGGGAUCUGUACCAGAGUCGGGCAAUGCUGCAGCGAACGGUUAUUCCUUGGAGUCCAAUAUUCCGCAAGGCGAAUUAUUGGCCAAGAACACCUACAUCGGUCGGACGUUUAUCCAACCCAGCAACAGAUUAAGACAGAUGAAUGUCGCUUUGAAGUUCACACCUAUAUUGACAAAUGUUAAAAACAAACGCAUCAUUCUAAUAGAUGACUCCAUCGUCAGGGGCAACACUAUAGGGCCCAUAAUUAAGCUCUUAAGGAAAGCCGGAGCUAGAGAGGUACAUAUAAGGGUGGCGAGUCCGCCGCUGAAGUUUCCCUGUUACAUGGGAAUUAAUAUUCCGACGAGGGAGGAACUGAUUGCCAACACGAAGGAUUUUGAGGAUAUCGCCAUGAAAGUUGGUGCCGACAGUUUGCAGUAUUUGAGUGUCGCAGGUUUAGUCAAAGCCGUCCAAAAAGAUCUCAUAGGAAAGAAGCAAAUUGUAGGGCACUGUACCGCAUGUCUUACAGGUGAAUAUCCCGGUGGACUGCCCGAUGAGAUAGAUUGGUAGAUUUAAAAAACGAAUCUGUGUUUAGAUGGUGCCUUUUUUACAUUUACAGGGAAAAUCGUAUUAUUUUUGAAUAGUUUAAGCAUCAGGGACUAUUGAUAGGUAUUUCUCGGUGUAUUUUUUAAACACAGUAUUAUUUUAAAUCUUUUGUAUAAUUACAAAAAAUG